AUGCCUACGAUUCCUCUUCACAUCCGCCCACCCACAUCCAGGCCAACAGCAAACCCCCUCCCCAAACUCCUCCACACCCCCUCCGGCCUCGCUAUCCUUGAGCUCCAAGGUACAUUUCACUUCCCUCCACCCUCGGACCCGUCUGGCAGCACACAGCUCGGCAAACUCGUCUUUCCCUUGUACAAUCCCUUGAUCAACGACCCCGCAGACACCAAGUGGAUGAAGCGCGUGUACCUGUAUGUGGGCAAGGGGCAGAGGAUGACAGGUGAGGUGAAGAAGCUGGGGAGGCCGUUGGGCGUUGUGCGCAAGGUCGGUGGAGAUGGCCAUGGAGAUCUAGACAUGGACCGCGAAGGCAAUGAGGAGGCAACGUGCUCACGUGCCAUGGCUUGGACGAGCGGCAAGAUAACAACUUAUCCAUUCCCAUAUGGCAUGACGAAAGCAACCUCCCAACGCUGCUCUGCGACACAUCGAAUCUAG